AAAAUGAGCGUCUCGGUCCUGCGUGUGGCGGCCGCGUCUGGGAGCAGGAGAAAAUGGCGGUCUCCACAGGAGUUAAAGUUCCUCGUAAUUUUCGCUUGUUGGAAGAACUCGAAGAAGGACAGAAAGGAGUAGGUGAUGGUACGGUUAGCUGGGGCCUUGAAGAUAAUGAAGAUAUGACACUUACAAGGAGGACAGGCAUGAUUAUUGGGCCAUCAAGGACAAACUAUGAAAACAGAAUAUAUAGCCUGAAAGUAGAAUGUGGAUCUAAAUACCCGGAAGCUCCUCCAUCAGUUAGAUUUGUAGCAAAAAUUAAUAUGAAUGGGAUCAAUAAUUCCAGUGGAAUGGUGGAUGCACAGAGCAUACCAGGAUUAGCAAAAUGGCAAGAUUCCUAUAGCAUUAAAGCUGUGCUUCAAGAGCUAAGACGUCUAAGGGUGUCCAAAGAAAAUAUGAAGCUUCCACAGCCGCCAGAGGGACAGACGUACAACAACUAAUAGUGGAUCUCAAAC